AGUUGCGGCCCGUGUCCUUUCUGCGCUACCUACUCUGCUCUGCCUCGGCAUCGACAUCGACAUCGACGGAGUCCUAUUUAUAGCGUCUAAUUCCGACUCCAUGAUCUCACAUCCUUCACCGUCAAGCCUUUUACCGCUCUGCCGCUGAAGAACUAACUUCCUUUCGUUUCUUCAUCUGUUUUCCUUUGCCAUCACGAUCGCGAUCAUGGGGAGUGAAGUGGAAGUGGUAGCGGACAUUGCUUUCCCUAAGCAGAUCGUUCAGAACAAGCCGUUGUCUCUGUUGGGUCAUGGAAUUAUCGACCUCGAGAUUCACUUUCUACAAAUAAAAUUCACGGCCAUUGGAGUUUAUCUGGAGCCUGCGAUUGUGGAGCAUUUGAAGCAAUGGAAGGGAAAAGCAGCUGAGGACUUGCUGAAAGAUGAUGACUUCUUUGAGGCCAUUGUUUCUGCUCCAGUGGAGAAGGCUAUAAGAGUUGUGGUGAUCAAAGAGAUCAAAGGGGCACAAUAUGGGUUGCAGUUGGAGAAUGCAGUUAGGGAUAGAUUGGCUGCCGAUGACAAAUACGAGGAAGAAGAGGAAGCUCAGCUGGAAAAAGUUGUUGAAUUCUUUCGGUCCAAAUACUUGAGCGCACAUUCUGUUAUAAGUUUCCAUUUCCCAUCAGCUCCGACCAUAGCUGAGAUCGAGUUUUCGAGCUAUGGGAAAGAGGGUUCGAAGAUGAAAGUAGAGAAUGGGAAUGUGGUUGAGAUGAUUAAGAAAUGGUACCUGGGAGGGACUAGAGGUGUGUCUCAAACAACCAUAUCUUCAUUGGCUAACAAUCUUGCCAUUGAGUUAUCUAAAUGAACCCAAUUGCCUGCCCCUCUACAUAGCUCUGGAGUUCUAGCUCAAUGCUUAUUAAUGGUGCUUUCUAUGCUUUGCUAAUUCUUCUUCUUGAAGAACUAUCACAUUUCUAGUACACAAUUAUUAAUAAUAAUGUGCUUUUUAUGGUCU